UUGCUCUUUACCAAGAGUGUGUAUUUAGAGACAAUUUAAUCAGUUUAAAGGGAAUAUUUUUUGGGAUAGUUGGGAGUGUAAGUGGGCUGUGUACUUCAAGAGUUGCUGUCAGUGGAGUAUUUAUUUGUUAUAAAGUCAUCCCAGACUGCAUUCCUCUAAUGGUUUAUUAUGUGGUUGGAAACGGGUCCCAGUGGGCAGACGAUGGUAUAAAAACUGUAUAUGAAUCCAUAAAGUACAGAGUUCCAGGGAACAUUAUAAAACAGGGACCAACAGAAUGGAAAUGGACUAGGUUUAGAAUAAUCAUCUAAAUGGCUUAACUUUACCUCAAAAUGUCAUCUUAUUUUCUUGGAUAGAGACCUGAAAUUGUAAAGAUGUUCUUAACUAUUUUCAUCACACUGGCUUAUUGAAGAAAUAAGGGAAACCGAGAUAUAGUACUUGAAAUAAUAUCUUAGAACGGAUUUUCAAAUGGAGUACAUGCUGUUUCUUGUCUUGCUGACAACUGUGUCCUCCAUUGCCUUAAACAGGGAGGAAAUCAUGGAAGCCAUGGUCUAUUUAAGGAACUAUGGCUACCUACACAUCCCACUGGACCGUAGUAAGAGCCAAAUGUAUCAGACUGAAGAAAUCACAAAGGCACUGAGAACAUUCCAGAAGGCAACUAACUUGGCCAUCUCAGGAACGUUCAAUGAGGCCACAUUGGAAAUGAUGAAACGACCUCGGUGUGGUAUUGAGGACUCCUUCAAUGACAAAAUCCUUAAAUAUCGAGUCAUGGGUUCUACUUGGCGUAAGAAGAUUCUGACCUACCGCAUCUAUAACUACACCCCAGACUUGGGCCUGGCAAAAACACGUGCGGCCCUCAAGACUGCGUUUAGGUACUGGAGAGAGGUGUCAACCUUGAGUUUCCAGGAGGUGCUGUUUCCAGGAAGAGCAGACAUCAAGAUCUCGUUUCAUAAGAAGGAUAGAUCUUGUCCGGUGCCCUUCGAUGGACCAGGGGGAGUGCUUGCCCACGCAGAUAACCCUGAAUCAGGCAUUGUGCAUUUUGACGAAGACGAGCAGUGGACAGAGGGUACGACCUCUGGCCGUAACCUGAGGAUUGUAGCAGCCCAUGAGAUUGGUCACGCCCUUGGCCUGGGUCACUCUCAGAACCACAAGGCUCUGAUGGGACCUGUCUACUCUGGUUACCGUGCCAACUUCAAACUACAUCCUGAUGACAUUCAUGGAAUACAAGCUCUCUAUGGGAAGCCAGGCAAUCGUCCAACAGUAUCCAGAAAGCCAAAUGAUUCAUCCCAAGAGGCAGGUUCACCACAUCUUUGCAAGAGUAGCAUAGAUGCAAUUAUGUUAGGUCCUUUUCGCAAGACAUAUGUCUUCAGCGGUCAGUAUGUUUGGACAGUGUCUGACACUACUGGCUACAACACACCCAUCCUGAUCUCUGUGCUGUGGAAGGAUCUGCCAGGGAGCCUCAAUGCAGCUGUGUACUCUCAGAGGACUAACAAGUCCUACUUCCUGAAAGGAGACAAAGUGUGGAGGUAUACCAGAUUCAAACUUGACGUUGGCUUUCCGAAACACUUGGCCAGCAUUCCUUCUAAUGUUGAUUCAGCCUUUUACUUCAACCGGAACAACAAAGUGAUCUUCUUCAAAGGUUCUCAGUAUUGGCAGUGGGAUGAAGCUGGGGCAACGGACUCCAGGACGUAUCCCAAACCGAUAUCACAUCUCUUCUCUGGGGUACCCUACAACCUGGAUGCAGCCUUCACAUGGACAAACGGCCAUAUAUACAUUUUCAAAGGGAACCAGUACUGGCGCAUCAACAACAACCAAGUUGUGGAUAAGGGCUACCCUCUCAGAACGAGUGAAAAAUGGAUGCAAUGUGAUAAAUAGGCCUUUAGAGAUCAGUGGUGUUUUAUUUCAAACUCACCUUUAUUCACCAAGUACAUUUACACACACCUAUAAUCAUUUGCCUUAGUGAGAAGGUGCUGCCAGUGAUAGACAAUAUACAAACAGAAUACAGACACUAGUCCACAUAAACAUCAUACAGAAUAUACAAUAUCGGAGCAGUAAACAUAAAACAUUAAACUUUGGUGCAUAGGCUGAUUACAGUGGAUAUGUAUCAUUUACAGAGGGGAUAUAUCUAUAUAAGCAGAGCGAGGGAUGAUGCCGUGGCAAAUGUAUACAAUGUUGUACAUAGUGCAGAUUAGUAUUUGAGGUCAUUGGUGACAAGGUGUAGUAAUCGGUGCAAUGCAAAGUCACUUAAUCCCUAUGAGCCCGAUGGCCGGUUGAUGAGGGCCACAGCAUGGGGGAAGAAGCUGUUAAGACCGGACAAUGCGUUGCAGUUUGCCCUGGCCCUUUUCUCUCCAUUUCUAAAGUAAGACGUCAGCCUCCAGAACCAAAUUGUCACUCCAAUAUCACUACGGUAUGAAAGUCCCGCCUACUUCCUGGAUCAUGUCCCACCGUUUUUGAAUGGCCUUCAAGAUUACAUUGUCAAAUUCAUGAAAAUGCGGCCGUUUAAGAUACAGUUGAAGUUGGAAGUUUACAUACACCUUAGCCAAAUACAUUUAAACUCAGUUUUUCACAAUUCCUGACAUUUAGUCCUAGUAGAAAUUCCAUGUCUUAGGUCAGUUAGGACCACCACUUUACUUUAAGAAUGUGAAAUGUCAGAAUAAUAGUAGAGAGAAUGAUUUAUUUCAGCUUUUAUUUCUUUCAUCACAUUCCCAGUUGGUCAGAAGUUUACAUACACUCAAUUAGGCUGGGUUUCUGUACAGCACUUCGAGAUAUUAGCUGAUGUACGAAGGGCUAUAUAAAAUAAACUUGAUUUGAAUUAGUAUUUGGUAGCAUUGCCUUUAAAUUGUUUAACCUGGGUCAAACGUUUUGGGAAGCCUUCCACAAGCUUCCCACAAUAAGUUGGGUGAAUUUUGGCCCAUUCCUCCUGACAGAGCUGGUGUAACCAAGUCAGGUUUGUAGGCCUCCUUGCUCACACACCCAUUGUCAGAUCUGCCCACACAUUUUCUAUAGGAUGAGAUCAGGGCUUUGUGAUGGCCACUCCAAUACCUUGACUUUGUUGUCCUUUGUUGUUCCACAACUUUGGAAGAAUGCCUGGGGUCAUUGUCCUUUUGGAAGACCCAUUUGUGACCAAGCUUCUCCAAAAAGUACGAUCUUUGUCCCCAUGUGCAGUUGCAAACUGUAGUCUGGAUUUUUUAUGGUGGUUUGGAGCAGUGGCUUCUUCCUUGCUGAGUGGCCUUUCAGGUUAUGUCGAUAUAGGACUUGUUUUACUGUGGAUAUAGAUACGUUUGUACCUGUUUCCUGCAGCAUCUUCACAAGGUCCUUUGCUGUUGUUCUGAGAUUGAUUUGCACUUUUCUCACCAAAGUAUGCUCAUCUCUAGGAGACAGAACACAUCUCCUUCCUGAGCGGUAUGACGGCUGCGUGGCCCCAUGGUGUUAAUACUUGUGUACUAUUGUUUGUACAGAUGAACGUGGUACCUUCAGGCGUUUGGAAAUUGCUCCCAAGAAUGAACCAGACUUGUGGAGGUCUACAAUUAUAUUUCUGAGGUCUUGGCUGAUUUCUUUAGAUUUUCCCAUGAUGUCAAGCAAAGAGGCACUGAGUUUGAAGGUAGGCCUUGAAAUACAUCCACAGGUACACCUCCAAUUUUCUCAAAUUUUGUUAAUUAGCCCAUCAGAAGCUUCUAAAGCCGUGACAUAAUUUUUUGGAAUUUUCCAAGCUGUUUAAAGGCACAGUCAACUUAGUGUAUGUAAACUUCUGACCCACUGGAAUUGUGAUCAUUGAGUUAUAAGUUAAAUAAUUAGUCUGUAAACAAUUGUUGGAAAAAUGACUUGUGUCAUGCACAAAGUAGAUGUCCUAACCGACUUGCCAAAACUAUAGUUUGUUAACAAGAAAUUUGUGGAGUGGUUGAAAAACGAGUUUUAAUGAUUCCAACCUAAGUGUAUGUAAACUUCUGACUUCAACUGUAUAUGUACAAUUAUAUUCAUAGAUUAAUUUCCCUGUAGAAGUAAAUCCACGAAUACGAAUAUAAUAUGACAUUUAUUUUAAUUUACCGUUUUCAUAAAUUAAAUGAUAUAAUCUUGAAGGCCAUUCAAAAACAGUGUGACACAAUCCAGGAAGUAGGCAGGACUUUCAUACCGUAUAGCCUAGCCAACGAAUCACCUAACACGCUGAGGUGAAAUAUAGUAACAUUUAAGGAUUUGAUUUAUUUUGAUAAGACAAGAGUUACAAACAUGUUUUAUGUACUCUAUCUCUUGUGUAAAGUAUGUAAAAUGUAUGUAAAUCCCUAAAUGUAUAAUUCCCCCCUUGUACACUGCAUAAAACUAACAAUGGAUGUCUUCACAAAAAUGUAUAUUAGCAAACUGACUAAAAUUAAGCUAUUUGACUUAUUGGAAGAAGGAUCAAUGUGUUAUAUUACGAUUGACUGUCUGAUACCUUAAGACUGUCAAUAAUAAACAAAACAACAGAUUGA